AUGGACUCAGAUAGUGAUAUUGAAACUCAUAUAGUUGAAGAUAUAGUUGAAUCAAAUAGUUUAACUGGACCUAAAUUAAUUUUAAACUCUGAGAGAAUUCUUUACAGAGCUGAAGAGAUUAAAUAUAAACCAUUCAAUGGGAUAAAAGAGAUUCCAUUUAUUGAAACUUUGGCUAUUACUGCUCCUAUAAAUAAAUGCAAUUUAGAUAUUGACUACAAGGACAGUUUAGCAAGAGAAAUAAGUUUUUAUAAUACUGCUUUAAAUAAUGUAAAAGAGGCUUGUAAUAAACUAAGUGAUUUAGGAAUUAAAUGGAAUCGUCCAAAUGAUAUGUUAGCUGAGAUGUUAAAAAGUGAUGCUCAAAUGAGGUCAAUCAAAGCAGAUUUACUUAAACAAGAAGAAAAAAUUAAGGUAGUUCAGAAUAGAAAAAAGAGAACUAUAGAGAAGAAAUUUACUAAGAAGAUUCAGGUUGAAAAGAAGAAACUAAGAGCUCAAGAAAAGAAAAAUAAUAUUAAAGAAAUAGAACGGUGGAAGGCAAACAGAGAUAAAAGUAUACCAGUAGAAGAGUCAUUUGAUAAAUUCUUUACUAAUAAGAAGGUAGUAAAAAGUUCAAAAAAUAAGCAAGGAAAGGAUAAAUCAGAAAUAUCUAAGAAGAUAGGUACAAAUUCAAAAUUAAAGAAAUUAAAAAGAAAUAAAAGUUCUAAAAGAUAA